GUGGUUUGACGUCAUCACGCUGCGUCGCCUGCUCCUAGACACGUGAACAUACAGUUCUAUGUAAACUGUGUUGUGUUGUAGGUGUGACGCGUGUGAUGGUUGAGAAGAUGGGGGCCAAAGGUCAAAGGUAUUUUAAGGCGUCCGAGAAGCCGGGGAAGAAACGUGGCGCACAGGGAAGCGGUGAUGGUGCGGUUAAGAGAGCGAGACUGGACGCCAUGACCGUGGGUUAUUACCGCCGCAUCUGUGACCGACUGAAGGAGGGAUUCACAGAAGACGAGGAGAGAGAUCUGUUCGUGGAGAACGUUCUGUCAGAGGUGAAGGGCAAAGCUAACGUUGUCGCCAUGGACAUGACUGGCAGUGUGGCUCUGGAGAAGCUGCUGUCAUUGGCCAGAGUCGUCCAGGUGGGGGAGGUGCUCGCGGAGCUGGGCGGAGACACGGGGUCAGAGUUCAGACGUGUAGCGUGCGAUCCGUGCGGAGGUCAUGUGAUGGAGAGCGCUCUGAGACAGACGCACAGGUGGACAGAGGAAGGCGGAGGUGCAGAAGAGAAAUCCGAGGCGGAAGAAGAGGAUUGUGGGACGUUGGAGGUUCAGGUGCAGCGUCUGUGUGGAGUGGUCAGAGAAAACAUCACAGAAUUCAUCAAAGAUCCACACGGAUCUCACGUGCUCCGAACGCUCAUACAUGUGCUGGCAGGCUGUUUGACUUCAGAGCCGUCUGACGCUCAACAGGUGAAAAAGGACCGAAGAUCCACAAGCGAGAUGACAGAUUUUGAGAUUCCGGCAUCGUUCUGGUGGGAGCUGAAGCAUCUAUCUGAUUCUCUGAUGGAAAACAUCAACGUCUGCGCGACGAAUCCCAGUGCCAGCGCCACUCUUCAAACGCUUCUCACCGUCUGUCACAGGAAGAGACCCAUAUUGUGUAGAAAGCUCAACAAGGGCAUUAUGGGAUACCUGACAUCACUCAGUUCUGCUCCUGGAGUCAGUCCCCUCCUGGUGUUUCUGAAGGAUCCGUCGUGCAGUCAUCUCAUUCAGACGGUUUUUAAGUUCUCUCAGAAAGCUCUGCUGCGUGACGUCUAUAAGAAUCAUCUGAAGGAGCAGCUGAUGUCUCUGGCUCUUCAUCGCAUCGCAAACUUCACCAUCCAAACCCUGAUCGAAGUCUCCAGCGGUCUCAAACUGUUUCUGAAGAUCUUUGAUGAGCUGAUGGAAGGCUUUGAGGCAGUGCUCGCCGCCGGUCACAUGGGUGUUGUCAUUCAGCUUGCAGAGAGCUGCGUGCAGUGGGAGGAGAGACAGGACACACUGAUGCAGCGCCUCCUAAAGGCCUUUCACUGCAGCGACCCAGCAUCACGUCACACAUCAUGUCUGCCUCUGUUUCUGUCUUUACUGGCGUAUGAAGUGCAUUACCAGACCGAGACAGCAGGAGACGCCACCGUCACACAGCAUACUCUGUCCAUAUGUUAUCACGGGUCUCGGCUUGUUCAGGCUUUGGCCAAGUUUAAAGAUCGAUCGAUACUGAUGAACAGUCUUCAUGCUCUGAGUUCGGCGGAUCUGAGGACUCUGGGGACGGACAGCGCCGGCAGUCACGCUCUGCAGGCUCUGGUGACAUCAGCCAGCGAUAAAGGCCGGGGAAAGUUCCUCAGAAAGCUGGAGGAGCUGUACAUUCCGUUGGCCUGUUCGAGAUGCGGCAGUCGUCUGCUGGAGGCGGUGUGGAACAGCGCCACCGUCAGUCAGAGACAAAGCAUCGCUGAAAAACUGGUGUCCAGUGAGAAUCAGCUCCGAUCCGAUCAGUUCGCACGACACGUUUGGGCUAAAUUCGGUCUGACGCACUUCACGAAGAGGCGAUCGGCCUGGCUGGAGGUUCAGACGGGAGAGUCGAAGAAACUGAAGAUGUUUCGUGACAUUCUGGAGUAACGGCGGUUUCUCCAUCACUCGUUUCUUCUUUAAUUAUGUUAAUUCUCCUAAUUGUACGGUUUCGUAAAUAAAAACAUCAGGAACA